GGGAAUCCGUCUGCUCGACGUCAUGACGUCAUUGGACAUUUUACAUAGCGUAACCAUAAUAAUCAUAAUAAUUCGACCAAUUUUUUAUAGAAGAAAUAAAGAAUGGAUUAAAUUUCGAGCAUGGAAGACAAAGAUGACCGCACAGGAAACGUUAUGGCGGACUUUGAAAGAUUGUCAAUAAAGACAAGACGGGACGAGAACUCAAGAGAGGAAGAAAUUGCCUUGGAGUUUAAUAAAGAUGCAGUCAUAAUUGAAGGUAAAGAAAGGGUCAAUGAAUUGUGCAAUGGGCAUGUAUCCGAAGUUGACUUUGGUGGAGAAGGGUUCAGAUUUGAAAACAAAUCAAACUUAGAAACAAUUAUAGAAAGUCAGAUAGACAAUGAUACCAGGUAUGACGAUAUUUCCUGCAAGAGAAUAACAUCAAGAACCAGCCAUCUAAAUUAUCCAAAGAGCAACUUGAUAAGCAAGACAUUGAACGAAUUACAACAUUCAGAUGUAAGACUUGAAUCAUCAGAUUUGUCUACGAACUUUCAAUUGUAUCUGUUGAACAAAUUUAGACCGAACGAGUUGGAAGAAGAUCUUGGACUAAAGGGUAGUUUUCUUAAUCAUUAUUUUAAUUACUACCCCAAUGCAAAUCAUUCUUUUUCGACGUCACAUCCGUUAAAUUCGACAAAUAAUUCGUCAUGCGCGACAACUCACUCACGAGACGUGUCUAUGUCUUUGAGUAAUCCGGAAAUAGUUCGUAUGAUGUGUGACAGUGAAAGUAUUCUAUCGUUUAAUUCUUCAAAUCUCAGUUGUUGUAGUGAAGAGAGCGACCACGGACCGGUGAAAAUACGAUACGAUUCUUCCACAUCAACGUCAUCAUUAUCAUCAUCAUCUCUUCAAAACACGUCAUCAUUUUUCAGACACCUGAACAGAUCCGAUUCCCGAUUCAGAUCGUAUUCCGAACAGUCUUCAUGUACAAGUGAAAUGGAUGAAAUAGAAUCUCCUUUUGGCACGGAACUAUCUUCUUCAAAACGUGAAUUUAGUGAUUUCCGAAGUGACGAUUCUAAUUCGUGUAUUGCAGAAUUUCAACAUGAUAUCGACUACCUAGCUAAAAGUCAAUUCAGAACUUCAACCCCGGAUCCUAAAGAGAAAGACUCACCAAUAAGGAAGACACAUUCACACUCAGAUUCGUUUUCAUUACCGUCGGGAAAUAGGUUUGUUCACGGACUUUCACCUUUAUGUCGCACUCGCUCAUUUGCCCGUGGACAACCUACGCCACACAAUGUCCGACGCAGUUUAGUAUAUGUUUCUCCAGUUAGAAAAUGCGCUACUAUUCCAGAUCGCGAAUACUUUCAAAGUUCAAUCCGUACUGUCAAUCAUCUUAAUAUGUCUCUACCAAUUUUUGAUAAUUCUCGAUCAGUUUCUAAUUUAGCGACAGAUACGUCUUUUCCGAAAAGUGUAUUUAAGAAAGACGAUAUUCUACCGAAAAUAAUGUUCCAAGACGAAACAGAAGAAGCCGUCUAUUAUCUCGAAACAAAAUAUUUAGACAACAGUAAUUGUAAAUGGUGAACCUUAUCACAAGAUACCUGUACUGAACGACUAUGAAAUUUCUGAAUAUAUAGAGGAAAUUCAGGGUUUUUUUUCUAUAAAUACAGGAUUUAUUUUCAUCGUGUGGUAUGAAAAUAAAUAUUUUCAAGAGUGUUUUCUAUGUAGAGGUGUUCGACAUUUUUUAUAUAUAGCAAUAUUAAUGAAAACUAAUCAAUUUUGUUUUGUUUGCAUUUCAUUUCGACUUACAUUUGAGUCUUUACAGAUAAUAUCGAAACAUUUGCCACAGAACCGUU